AUGUCAUCGCUGCUGCUUAUCAUUGACUGCCUGCUUCAUCUUCUUGUACCAACUUCUCCCUUCCACUGCCACAUCUACAUCUCUACUUCUGCUUCUGCAUCACCGCCAGAAAGACCAGAAUCAUGGCUGAAGGCCGUCCAGCUAGGCUCAGGCACCAACAUCGACUCCCACACGCCCACUCCCCGCGGCGGCGUCCGUCUGAACAAGAUCGCCGAAUCCUGGGAAGAUGAAGACCUCUCCUCCGAAGACGAAGCUAGUGAUGCAGAAACAACCAUAACUGCGCCCCCCGCUGAGCCCAGCACCCACCAGCACCACCACCAGCAGGGCGAGCAUCACCACCAGCACCAGGUCAGCCGCAGCGGCAUCCGCGCGCCUCCUCCGACUCCCAACGUGUCUCGCCAGUCCAGCUGCCGCUCUACCACCAGCAGUGCGUCGUGUACCUCUUCAGGCUACUCUAAGCGCCCCGAGAAACAGAUUGCAGUGGCUACCAGGAUGAUUGGCAACGCGCUGGGUCACCGAGUGGCCAGAUCUGAUAGCCAGAAGGAAUAUGACCGCACUGUGAUUGCAAAUGAGAAGAAGCGGCGCGAGAAGGAGAAGCUCGCUGAGGAGCAGAAGCGAGAGGAGGAGGAGAAGGCAAAGGCCGCUAUCUGGGAUGAGUGA